AUGAUCAACGACUGGAUAGUUCCAUCGGCCACAACGUUCAAGUCAACAAUCCGAGUGGUGUUGUCCGGUCCUUUGCCAAUCUUCAUUGGCAUCAAAGUACCAAUUUCAGCCAAAUGGACAAACCUUUCUCUGGAGCCGCUUUUUAGAACAAGCUCUUUGUACUUGGCUGCCGGGAAAUCCCAGGCAUUGGUAAAUGAAGAAUUCGUAGUCACUGAAAUUGCGAAUAGAGUAUGGCCAAAGAUCCUUGGCAUCCAGAAUGUCAAUAAAGAUAGCAGCAGACUCCGUACUGAUAACAGCACGAACCAGCUUGUGUGCGUUCGUGUUGAGUUUCUGGACUCUCACGUAAAUCUCACCAAUAUCGUUGAUUCCAAAUGGAGCAGACCAAGUAGACUUGCUACCGGAGAAACCAAUCUGCAGCUGUUUCGAGUCAAUACGAGGCAUCUCGUACAGCGGACUGAACUUACCAGGCUCGACAUGGAUCACACCAGAAGCUCCGACUUUGGAAACCUGGAUAGCACUAUCCAGAUUGUUUCUGAUGACAUAUCUUGGAAUCAUGCUAAUGACCUUAGUCAAACUGUAAAUUCCUUCUCCUUCCGUGAUAUGGAUUCCAACAUUGUUUUCUAA